UCACAACGGGCGACUUGCCAGCUUUUACUGUGGCUGAAUGUCGCCGUAUUUUUUUUUUUUUAAGUGGGAGGUUAUGAUGUUGCCUAAGGGCCCGCAGUGCCCUUUCGUUGAAGUUAUCGUUGCGUUCUCGGUUUCCUUUUGUGAAACGAUGAGUUUUGUUCAUCCUAUAUGCUGAAAGCUGGCUGUCUACACUUUGUAAUCCUAUCGAACUGACAAGACUCUAGAACACGGCGAUACUGUACUUACUACAGGUGUCUGUUUGCAAUGGUUUUAUAGACGUGUCCAGAUUGAUGAACACAUACAACACCUUUCUUGAGACCUUCACAUUUCUCUUAAUAAGAGCAAGCUGUGUGGUUUGGCCUCCCAUGAAUCAUGGCACCAGAUGAUAAUAUUCCCAGAAAUUCCAGCAAGACGGCCAAGGAGCAGAGCAACUGUGCCACAAUGAAAGCUGAGCAUGCGGUGAUGGACCUGAAAAGAUCAGAUGGGACAAUCUCCCGUUGUGAAUCGGAAAAGGAUUCAGGCUACUCUGACACCAGCUCAGAGUACCUGCAGACUGAUUCAGAAGACCAGUCCCGCUCCUCAUCCAGAUGCAGCUUUGGUAAUAUUUCAGCCAGACAGAAGGGAGUCGCCUUUGAAAGCCUUACUCCAGUAUACAUUGUUAAAAAUGUGGUUUUAAAGCAGCCACUGACAGUGCAGACUAACCCUGGGCAGAUUCUUCAAAGUGAGCUGUCAUGGGGUGGGCAGCAAACCCAAGUCUUGUUCAUCCAGCAGCCAGAAGCUACAGCUAACAUGCCUCUGAAACCACAGCAAUCUCCCAAAAAACUGGGAAAGGCUAUGUACCUCCCUAUACUUAAUUCAUACCCCAAGAUUGCACCCCAUCCAAGCAAAACUACUGAACCCAGCAAAACAUUUAAUGGAAAGGUUGGAGAUGGAGUUAUAGGCCACACCCAGAGUAAAAGAGUUUGUGUAGAAGCCAGAAGAGAUGCCAUUUCCUCCAAAAAAGCAGAAAAUGUCUCCUUUACUACCUUGAAGAAAAAUGAAUCCCAGGAGCAGAAACACCAAACCUCAUCAGUUAGAUUCCCUAGUAAAAGGAAUUCCGUUACACCGUCUCUGCAACAGCAGGUGGUAGCAACCUCUGAUGUUCCGGAUCACUGCAUUAUUUCCCCUUGUACUAAUGAAUCUUCAGUUAUAAGACCACCAAUGGUAUCUGGUUUAGAACCCUCUGUCUCUUCUACAUCAGUAAUUUCCAGUCUUCCUGGAAUGUCUGGACAAGAUGAAAGUGGUGGCAAGGAGAUAAAAACUUUUCCUAAGGUGUCAAAGAAGCAUGCUUCCAACAUAAUGAAACAGCGACGUUUUCUCAACACUGUAGAAAUACUUAGUCGCUCUGGCCUGCUAGGAAUAACAUUACGAACCAAGGACCUGAUUCGACAGAAUCAUAGCACACAAAUGGAGAUCUCAGAACUUAAGGAGCAUACUCGGUUGCUUUGUGAGGCUAUCCACACCAAUGAUCUUGAUGCCUGGGCAAAGUUACAAGAGGUCAUGGCUUUGUCAGGCCAAUACAAGCACAUGAAUGAGUGUCAAACUGUAACUACAUCCCUUGUACCAGAGGCUGUUCCCUCUGUAGGUCAGACAUUAUCCAAUUAUCAGCCUGUAAAUGGUUGUGGGCAUGCAGCCAGUUCUUUGCCACAACCUGAAGCUGUUGCCCUAGACCUUAGCAGCAAACGACACUCCAGGUCCUCAAAGAAUGUUCAACCAGACAGUUCCACAAGUACACCACGUCUUUAAAAGAAGACUCCAAGAAUCAUCUGCUUAUAAAAGUACAUUAUGUGCUACAGUUUGAUAUGCUGCCCACUGAAUGUGGGAUGUUGCUGGGUCUGGGUAUGCUACAUUUAGCAUACUACCUUGAUCAUUAUAAAGUGAAGAUUUGCUAACCACAGCAGAUUCAAUUGCAACGUGGCUUUUUCCUAGUGACUUCAAGAUUUUUAUUGCUGAGUGAGGCCUUCAAGAGCUUAAUACAGACUUCUAAUGCUUUUAAAUAUGUGGACUCAAAUGUUGAAUCAAGGUAUACCAACUGUCAAUACCAGGUUACAAUAAUGGUUCAACACUCAAUUUCAACCUUGUGUUUUAGAUUUAAAGGUGUUAGAAAAAAGGGAGAAACUACCAAGGUGGAAAAGCUUCAGAAAUGUAGAUUAUGAUGUGAGAGAACAAGUUAAUAUAAAAUGUACAGUGUUCUAGAGGUAAUUGUACAACAGUUGCAAAGCAAUUAUGAAACAGAGCAUAGAGAAUCAUAAUGUGUUCACAAAACACUGGUGUACAUUUGCUUCUUAAAGCUUGACAUUAGACAUAAUAAAAUGUAAAAAGCAGCACAGGCUACAGUAUCAGGUAUAGUAUAGCUACUGCUGAUUUCAGACAUUUAACACUCCUUCCAUUUCAACUAAUAAAUAAAUCAUUAAUGCACACCCAUGCUAGUUGAUGUUAAAUCAUGCACUGUAUCAUACAUAAUCACCUUUCCAGCAUCAGGUGGCUAUACUGAGCAUCAUAUCACUUGCACUAAGUAUCAGAGACAGGUGAGUAAUCCUAUCAUAAAUACUACAGGUCUACUUUGUGACAUCAGCAUAUAUAGUAAUGUAAUCUAAAACAUGGUUCUGGUCUUCAAAAUUUUCUUAAAAGUCCAUCUAUAUUAAGAAGCCUCACCAUAGCAUAAUAUUGGAGUUAAAACUAGCACAAUUUUAUUUAAAAUUUUGUAUCAUUUCAUAUGAAUACUGCAGUUAAUGUGAAUACUGCAUUCUGUAAAAAUAAAGAUUUUUUUUAAUUUUCAGCACUAUAAAAGAAGUAGCUGGCAAAGUAAAUUAAUAUGUUAACAUGCAAAUUAAAUUAGAAAUGAUAUCUCUGUGUUCUGGGUGGCAUGGUGAUCUAUUAGUUGCACCUUUUGUUGCACAAAUCCAUUAAAAUGAGUUGGAAUCCUGGCCUAGUGACUGUCUGUAUAUUUAUGGGCUGGGUUCUGUCCUCCUUAUAUUUUAGGUUUAUUUUCCUCUAUUUUAAAGGUGUAUCUCUGAAGUAAACUUUCAACUUUAAAUUAUUCCAGUUCAGAGAGAGUGUAAGUGUGUGUGCAGGAGUAAGCCCUGUGAUGAACUAGCUUCUGGUCUAGCCUUGCAGCAAAUGCUACUAGGAUUGGUUCCAGCACCAACAUGACCCCUAAAAUUGGAUAAAGUUUGUUCUGAAAAUUAAUGGGUGUAUUGAAUCUGUGACUUUUAUAUAGGACCCCUAAAACACAUAUCAAUUUAUCCAUUUUAUUUUACCUGUUUUUUUCAUUAUUGUGAACUAAAGCCUUUUCCAACAGCAUUUUGUCUCAAAACAAUUAGAAUAUACACAGACAUAUUCCCAUCUGGUCAUUUUAAAGAUGUCAGUUAGCCUAACAUGCAUAUGGGCAUGUGCAGAAAACUGGACUACUUGAAGAAAACCUAUUCUGCAUAUGGUAGGCAUUGACCAUGUAGGUAAUCUGAUCCAGGUCCUUGAAGCUGUGAGGCAGCAGAACUACCUUUUGUUAAAAAUCUUACUUCAUAAAUAUAUGUCAUGUUCCAUAUUUUUAAAACAAUGUUAUUAACUAUUGUAUUCUUACAGAAAAUACACUGUAUUAAAGUGAACAUAACAGAUUAUGAACAGUUUUCAACAAGUGUUUGAUACAUGUUGGAAAAUAAAGGACCUGGUAAUUUAAAUACUGA